AAGGGCGCCCUGGAAGAUGUCUUUGGCGGCACUUUCGUCGGGAACGUCUGCUCUACAUUCCUCUUUGGGAUACUCACAGUACAGGUCGUCCUUUACUACAUCCGUUUCCCUCAGGAUGGGAAAUGGAUUCGGCGAAUAGUUGGAUUUCUCUGGAUUACCAUGCUCUUUCAAACAAUCUUUAUGACUAAAAUGAUUUGGUGGUGGCACAUCCAAAAUUAUUUCAACCCCCAAGCACUGGCACGGCCGAAAUGGGAAUUUUCCUCGUAUCAUCUUGCUACAACGAUAGAAUCCCUUUUCGUCCAAUCUUUCUUUGUGUAUCGCAUUUGGGCUCUUUCUUUAAAUAUUUAUGUCGCCGCGCCCCUGCAAGCGCUUGUUAUCACGCAAUUUGCUUUUGCUGCAACACUUUUAACUGAGGCGGACAUAGCAUUAUCUUUCGACACAGUCGCUCAUAAGUGGAAUUGGUUAGUCAGGGUUUGGUUAGCGAUCCAGGCAACAUGUGACGCUUUAAUAGCAAUGUCGAUGACGUUCCUGCUCUGGCACCGGAAGACUGGUUUCAGGAAAACAGACAGGGCCAUUAACACGAUGGUGUACUGGUCCGUGGCCACGGGCAGCGUGACCUGUCUUCAAUCUAUUAUCGUAAUGAGUAUCUUUUCCCACCUCGGCUUCACAUUUAGCGCCCUUGUAUUUGGAAUUACCCUUAGUUCCAUGUAUCCCAUAUCAAUGCUUACAAGCCUGCAUAUGCGCUCAAGAGUACGAAAGCAGCUAUCUGCACCAAGUGCUAGUGCACCCCUUGGGGCGUUGCCAUAUGCUCCGAGAAAGGUUGUGAUUGCCCAUGAACGAGGAGAGCACAUAGCACUGGCACCACGCCAACCUAGUAAUGUUAUGGUGAACGUCUAUCGUUCCCAGCAUGAAGACAGUCCGAGAAGUAACAUUGUCGAUCAACUUGGUCAUGAUCAGGUCUGCUUGUCAGAUGCAGAGGCCUCGACGCUACGCAAUUCCCUUUACUCUGAUGUCGAAUUUGGCUCCACCAAACAAUGUCAUCGGUCUCCUACGCCACGAUAAUUUAUGAAUGUUAAUCUGUAUCCACCAAAAGGCACCCACAGAGCUCCUCCAUGUUAAAAGUUGCAGUCCAACGCUGCCGUCGGUCGGGUACCGGCAGUUGCUUGGCACAGAUGUUGCCAAAGCGAGAUCCCCCAGCCGUACAUUCAUCACUCUUUCAGGCGCUAGCGCUGCAGCAUAACCCUCUACGUAUUUGCCUUUAUGUUGUUUUACCCUUUUUGUCUUUACCCUUUGGCUUUAAGCCUUGUUUCCCACUCACAUUUCACAUCAGUGGCAUAGAACCAUGUGUAUAAGGACAGGACUUGCUCUGACAAGUUGAUACCCC